GUGUACGAGUUGGGAGAGAAAUCGAGCGUGUUUUAUUUUAUCAAAUGAGGGAUUGAUUCGAAACAUGCACAGGUAGCUAGUUGGUGUCCGGCUAUCAUCGUUUGAACAUGUUGGACAUUUCGUGGUCUGGAUGGAAAUGGAGUCCAUCACUGCUGGCCAUGACGACCCUGGCCGGAUUGCUGGCCGGCUAUUAUUGGGUGUGGAGUCGUUCCCGCUUUGUCCGCCUCAUCGACGCUCUGCCUGGACCGAAAACGUUUCCUUUGCUGGGCAACGUUCUCGAUCUUUUGAAAUAUUCUACUGACAGGCGAUUGUGUGUUGAUUGGAUCAAACAGAACGGAUAUAUUUUCCGAGUAUGGAUUGGUUACUAUCCGGCGGUUCACGUCUCUCAUCACGAAUUAUUGGAACAAAUUCUUUCCAAUCAAAAUCACAUAACAAAUCCAAUCGAAUACAAAUUAAUUUUCCCGGAAAACUGCCUUGGUGUGUUAGCGGGUGACGAAUGGCGUCACCGUCGCCGAUUGCUGACUCCGGCGUUCCACUUCAAAAUUCUCGAUGGAUUCGCGUCUACCAUGAAUGAAAAGAGCAUGGCCUCCGCUGCCAAAGUGGAAGAAAUUCUGGGGCCAUCAGCUGGAAGCAAAGAAAUUGACGUCUUUCCAAUUAUGGUCAAGCUGGCUUUCGAUGUCCUCUACGAAACUUCCAUGGGCAUGAAUACGUGGAGUGAACAGGACACGAAUACAUACGCAGAGAGUCUUGAGGGUAUGGAGCACAUCUUUAUGGAGCGUGUCGUCCGUAAACCGUGGCUGAGGAUCGAUUGGAUUUACAAAUUCACCUCACUGUACCGCAAACAAAUGCAGUACUCUUCUUUCUUCAACAACUUCACCGAAAAGGUGAUUCGAGAACGUCGCGAAUUGCAGAAGCGAAACGCAGCAGAGAAACACUCAAGUCCUCAGCCAGUGUUGAACAAUAAUAACGUCGAUGAAGAGGACAUGCUCACACGACCAAAAGAGAGAUUGGCCCUUUUGGAUUUAUUAUUAAAAAUAUCGGAAGAGAAUCCUGAAUUAGACGACAAAGUGAUCGGCGACGAAAUUUCCCUUUUCAUAUCCGCGGGUUACGAUUCAUCAUCUGUGGCCAUAACUUGGUUUCUUUACCUCAUCGCUAAACAUCCGGAACACCAGAAAUUGGUGACGGACGAAUUGGAUCUGAUUUUUGGCGAUUCCGAUCGGCCGGUGACGGCGCAGGACUUGACUCGGCUCAAAUAUUUGGAGUGUUGCAUCAAAGAAACAUUGAGGUUGUAUCCAUCCCUUCCAUUAAUGGCGCGAUACUUAACGGAAGAAGUUCAAGUUGGUGAUUACACUUUACCAAAGGGCUUGACAGUUCUAAUAAAUAUUUACAUGACCCAUCGCAACCCAGAAGUUUAUCCUGAUCCGGAUGCUUUCAAGCCGGAACGAUUCCUUCCUGAGAACUGUAUCGGUCGGCAUCCAUACGCCUUCAUUCCGUUUAGCGCCGGACCCCGCAAUUGCAUCGGACAAAAGUUCGCCAUGCUGGAAAUCAAAAUUUCACUUGCCAACAUAUUGCGGCGGCUUCGAUUUUCUCAUUCGGAUAUGUCGGGUCCACUUGAAAUCUCUACAAUGCAACUUACUUUUAAACCCAAGGACAAUCAAUGCAAAUUAAUCGUCUCUAAAAAAAUCGCCCAAUAAUCUUCUCCAAGCCUAAAAAAAAAAAAAAAAAAAAAUAUUCAAAAGAAAAAGGAACGGUAAGAAAAAUUCAUAAAAUCAUUCCGCCAUUGCACAGCUUCUUCUACAAUAAGACCUUGAAAGGAAACAAAACAUUCCCUUGACAACCCGAGGGAAGACAUUAUUAAUUUGCAUAAAUGAGCUAUAAAAGUAUAAUUUAAUUUCUCUAUUUAAAGGUGGUCACUUGCCCAAUUUGAAAAGAGAUUUGUUCUGCUUUACUACACCUGAUUUGAUACGCAAAUAUUCGAAACGAUUUUUCUGUUUUGUUAUUGGUUAAAUUGGUUUUUCACUUUUUGUUUUCUAACUCUUCCUUUCUUUCUUUCCCCAACCUUCAGCGUUUACAGAGAUGGUAUAAUUAUAUAUCCCCUCCGUCAGAUGCAAAUAAAUGCGCAUAGAGGCUAAA